AUGAGUGAAUCAAGUUCCGACGCUAGCUGGAAAAUAAACGAAGUAAGUUUCAUAGAAGGACUAUUUGACUGUAAUUUCCUUAUUUUUAGGAUACUUACGACGACUCCGAAAGUGAACCAAAUCGCGUAAGUUUUAUUUUUAUUUUCAUCGAUAGAGUAGUCUUAUGCCAAUGAUUUUUUUGUCACUUGAUAAGAAAUUCGAGCCACAGAAAAUUUAUAAAUAAAAAGUUUUCCAUUAGAUUCUUUGAAAAUGUUCUAUAGUUUUUUUCAGUGAACUUUUUUUGGUUUCAUAGAUGAUUUAAAGUUGGCCAACGCUUUUUUUCAACUGAAAAAAACGCAUAAAUCAACUUUCUGAACAGAUAGUUUCAAUUUUUUUGAUUCUUAAAACUUGGCAUGAAUAAAAAUAGGAUUUUCUUUGAUUUGGUUCAGGCUUCAUUGAGCCUUUUUUUCCAUUUGUGAAACAGAACUAACUUGCACUCUUCGAAAAGGUUUUGAGCCGGGAUUUCAGUCGAUCAGACUUUCCUAAGCAUUUUUGAGAACUGAAUGAAGAAUCUGUUUUUCAACAACAAUGUUUCAGCGCCCGGCCGCUCCGGUACAUGUUCCUUAUCAACCUGCAGCGGUAGGUUAUUUUAAUUUAAAAAAAAAACGGUUGAAAAAAAUUAAAUGAGCAUUUCACAGAGGAAACUUUAGUAAAACCAACCGAAUUGCAACCCUGGGAAAAGACUGACACUGAUCAAUUAUAUUUCAGGGCAUGUUGGCACCAGCACAUGUUCCUUAUCGUCCUGGACUGGUAGGUUAAUUCAAUUUGAAACAAAUGGUUAAAAAAAUAGAUGGAACUUUUUCACAAAAGAAACUUUAGUAAAAAAACCAACCGAAUUGCAAUUCUUUGAAAAGAUUCAAAUCCACAAUUUCAGUUUACUUUUUUUGCCACUGAUCGAUAAUAUUUCAGGGCAUGUUGGCUCUGAGGGAUCUUUUCCAACGCGCUGCAGCGGUAGGUCAUUUUCAUUUUUAUAGAAAAACAGAAAGAGACUGUUGACAAAAACAAAUUUAGUGAAAACCAACCAACUUGCACACUUUGAAAAAAUUUGAAACCGGGAUUUUAGUAGAUCAGACUUUCCUAAGACUUUUAUGAGAUUUAAUCAAAAAUCCAACUCUGAUCAAAAAUAUUUCAGCGCCCAGUCGCUCCGGCACCUGCACCUCAACGUCCUGAAGCGGUAUAUUAUUCACUGUUUCCAAAAAAAAAUUGUAGAGAUAUAGAAGAAUAUUCACACAAUAGCAACCUCAGUAGAAAUUAUUCAGUUUGCAUUUUUUUUGAAUAGAUUUAAAUCCGGUAUUUUAGUCGAUCAGACUUCGCUAUGCCUUUUUUGAUAUUUAAUGAAGAAUCUGACUCUGAUUAAAAAUAUUUAAGCGCCCAGUCGCUCCGGCACCUGCUCCUCAACGCCCUGCAGCGGUAGGUCUUUUUUAUUUAAAAAAAAAGGUUGGAAAAUAGAAGUUUUAAUCACUUUUCCAAAAAAAAAAAAUCAUAGAAAUUUAGGAAAAACUUUCUACAGAAGUAACUUUAGUGGAAAUCCUCCAAGUUGCAAUCUUUUUGAAAAGAUAUGAAGCCGGGAUUCUAGUGGAUCAGACUUUUCUGAGACUUUUAUGAGAUUUAAUAAAAAUUCCGGCUCUGAUCAAAAAUAUUUCAGCGCCCAGCCGCUCCGGUUCCUGCUCCUCAACGUCCUGCACCGGUAAGGCAUUUUCAUUUUGAAGAAACGGUAGAAAAAUAGAAGAAUCUUUUCACAGAAGAAACUUUAGUAAAAACCAACCGAAUCGCAAUCCUUUGAAAAGAUUCUGAACCGCGAUUUCAGUUGACUUUUAUCUGACACUGAUCAAUAAUAUUUCAGGGCAUGUUUCCCCAGGAACCUGCUGCUCAACGCUUUAUACCGGUAGGUCAUUCUCAUUUUUAUAGAAAAUUAGAAAAAAACUGUCGACAAAAAAACAAAUUUAAUGAAAACCAACCAACUUUCACUCUUUGGAAAGCUGUAGAACCGGGAUUUUAGUCGAUUAGACUUCGCUAUGCCUUUUUGAAAUUCAGUGAAGGAUCUGGCUCUGAUCAAAAAUAUUUCAGCGCCCAGCCGCUCCGGCCCCUGUUCCUCAACGUCCUGCACCGGUAGGUCAUAACAUUUAAGAAAAAAGGAUGGGAAAAUAGAAGCUUUUAUUCAUUGUUUCCAAAAAUCAUAGAAAUUCAGGAAAAAAACUUUCUACAGAAGUAACUUUAGUAGAAAUAAUUUAAGUUGCGACUCUUUGAAUAUAUUUGGAUCCGGGAUUCUAAUAGAUCAGACUUUCUUAAGACUUUUAUGAGAUUUAAUAAAAAAAUUCCGGCUCUGAUCAAAAAAAUAUUUCAGCGCCCAGCCGCUCCGGUUCCUGCUCCUCAACGUCCUGCACCGGUAAGGCAUUUUUCAUUUUGAAGAAACGGUAGAAAAAAAUAGAAGAAUCUUUUUCACAGAAGAAACUUUAGUAAAAAAACCAACCGAAUCGCAAUCCUUUGAAAAGAUUCUGAACCGCGAUUUCAGUUGACUUUUUAUCUGACACUGAUCAAUAAUAUUUCAGGGCAUGUUUCCCCCAGGAACCUGCUACUCGACGCUUUAUACCGGUAGGUCAUUCUCAUUUUUAUAGAAAAUUAAAAAAAGUGUUGACAAAAAAACAAAUUUAGUGAAAAACCAACCAACUUUCACUCUUUGGAAAGCUGUAGAGCCGGGAUUUUCAGUCGAUCAGACUUCUCUAUAGCCUUUUUUUGAGAACUGAAUGUAGAAUCUGGCUUUGAUCAAACAAUAUUUCAGCGCCCAGCCGCUCCGAUACAUGUUCCUCAUCAACCUGCAGCGGUAGGUCAUAACAUUUAAGAAAAAAAGGAUGGGAAAAUAGAAGUUUUAUUCAUUGUUUCCAAAAAAAUCAUAGAAAUUUAGGAAAAAAACUUUUUUUACAGAAGUAACUUUAGUAGAAAUCAUCCAAGUUGCAACUCUUUGAAAAGAUUUGAAGCCGGGAUUCUAAUAGAUCAGACUUUCUUAAGACUUUUAUGAGAUUUAAUAAAAAUUCCGGCUCUGAUCAAAAAUAUUUCAGCGCCCAGCCGCUCCGGUUCCUGCUCCUCAACGUCCUGCACCGGUAAGGCAUUUUCAUUUUGAAGAAACGGUAGAAAAAUAGAAGAAUCUUUUCACAGAAGAAACUUUAGUAAAAACCAACCGAAUCGCAAUCCUUUGAAAAGAUUCUGAACCGCGAUUUCAGUUGACUUUUAUCUGACACUGAUCAAUAAUAUUUCAGGGCAUGUUUCCCCAGGAACCUGCUACUCGACGCUUUAUACCGGUAGGUCAUUCUCAUUUUUAUAGAAAAUUUAAAAAAAGUGUUGACAAAAACAAAUUUAGUGAAAACCAACCAACUUCCACUCUUUGGAAAGCUGUAGAGCCGGGAUUUCAGUCGAUCAGACUUUUUAAAGCUUUUUUGAGAACUGAAUGUAGAAUCUGUCUUUGAUCAACAAUAUUUCAGCGCCCGGCCGCUCCGAUACAUGUUCCUUAUCAACCUGCAGCGGUAGGUUAUUUUAAUUUGAAAAAAACGAUUGAAAAAAAUUAAAUGAACAUUUCACAGAGGAAAUUUUAGUAAAACCAACCGAAUUGCAACCCUGGGAAAAGACUGACACUGAUCAAUUAUAUUUCAGGGCAUGUUGGCACCAGCACAUGUUCCUUAUCGUCCUGGACUGGUAG